GCCGGGGGUAACCCUGCGAUGGUCUAGUAUUCCAUCCAGGGUGAGUAGAAGUACUCCCUGUCGCUUCAUACGACGCAAACCGGAUUUAAGCGCCGGCCCGAUGGGCCACUUGGCUCGUAAACAGGCUUUACCUUUUUACCUACCAUUGAAGGACAAUUUCCGCUUGUUCAAUUGUUUGUAGUUAUUCCGAGAAAAAAAGGAGGACUUAAAGCCUCCCAUUUCUGAGAUUAUCUCUCGCUAUCUAUCUUAUCUCUGUUAUAUUCCAAGAAAAAAGGGAUGUUUGAGUUGCACAUGUUCGACUUCCGUCGUUUAGCGCAAGACAAUAGAUACCGGAAAUAUUGUAACGCGCGAAACCGCAUACAUCAGAAUGUUAAAAUUUCGAAGUUCUUGACGUCAGCGAAGACUAUUUCGCUAUCAUGUCGUUCACUGCGGAGAAAUUUGGAGAAAAAGCUAGGUUUCGAGACGAAAGCGAAGCCGAACUGAUUCGAGAGAAACUCGAAAUACUCGUAGCCAACAUUCUAACCCAAGUGGAAAAGCGCGACAGCCGUUUUCGGAGUACAUUGGUCAAAAGCGGAAGUGUUUACGAAGGGACGAAAGUUUGUAGGCCAGAUGAGUUCGACUUCAUGAUCCGAGUGGAUUCUCUCACGGACAAGCCAUUUCUUUGUCCUUGCGACAAAGGUGAUGGAUAUGUGAAGCUCUCCCUUAAAAGCUGUGAUUGGGAUAACUGCAUAGAUGCCGAUGGCUUUUUCAGUCCAAAUUUGCUAUCCCGCUCCUUCAAGAGGCUUGUGAGUGAAUCGCUUGACGAUAUCCAAGUACCUGAAGGUUUGGCCGUAUACAGAACGAGACCAUCGUUAUCUAAAGCAACUUGGUGGCCUGUUUAUGCAGAUCUGCUCGGGAACAGUGGUAAAGAAAGCCAAUCUGGUGCUAUGUACUUUGAAAAUCAUGGCCCAGCUACGACAUUUAAUGUACAGUGGCGAGGAGGAAGUAGUUACAAGGAUUUAAGGAUAAGUGUUGAUCUGACACUGUCCAUAGAUUACUCCAUAUCCAAACUGCUUGUUCCGUUGGCAGAAACCCCUUCCGCUGGAGCGAAUGGCAUUCUUCAGAGGUGCGGAUUUCACGUCGUUCCCGCGGGCUUCGAUAGUUGGCGCAUUUCGUUUUCUAUGGUCGAGAAAGAAGUUCUGGCCACUUCUCCUGACAGCUUCAAAGAGUGCUACCGAGUACUGAAAGUCGUGAGAGAUGUUGUGUCUGAGAAACUUGGAUGGGAUGCAUCCCUUGUUCCAUCAUACAUGUUCAAGACGGUUCUCCUGUCUCAACUGUUCACGACGGGACAUUGUUGGAAGAAGGAACUUCGUUCCCAAUUGAUUAUCGACCUUUUGGAACUUGUUAUGCAAGGCAUAAAAGCGGAAGAGAUUCAGAGUUGCUUCUUACCGAAGUAUAACCUGCUAUCUCCGUCCGAUCACGAGAACAAGCUGCGACAGUGUGUCCUGGAGGAAAUGCUUCGCUUGAUGAGAGGGAUGGAAAUGGUCUUUUCCAAGAACCAGGCCAGGGAAAAAAGACAGCAGAUAAGGGUCUUGGAAAUGGUUGAUGUCCUCGACUACAUGAUCUCGUGUAUUCUCCAUGGAAAGAAUCCUUCUGUUGUUUGGAAUAAAGUUUUUGUCAACAUCGACAACGUCCCAAACUCCAGGAAGCAUGGUUGGUUCAUGAAUGAGAUUACCGACCUUAAUUGCACAGAGCUUAGUGAGAAGGCAUAUCUCAAGUUAAUUCAGAUAUGGUGUUUUUCGGAAGAGUUUUUCAGGAAGUUAUUAAUCACACUCAAAGGGGAACUGAACUUGUUGGCUCAUAAGUUUAAGAUCUUGCUCUUUAUGAAGAAAGAUAACUUUGAGCGUCAACACAAGCGUCUAACAGAAAAUGAAGUUACUAAAACUUCCCUUCAUCAAUUUGCCUUUGAUUGGAUGGAUGAUUUUGUUGACUGUUACAUCGAGGACGACAACUCAACUUUGCCAAGCCUUCAUAAAGCAAUCCGUCCUGAACUUACGUCAUCAGGUUUCUUCCAGGGUGUUGCUGAAAUGGCAACGAGAGAGGGCAGUGGCAGAGGCCUUGCUUUACUGAAACAGAAAUUAAAGCAGUACCUAUUCAUGGUUCCCAAGGAGUACUUACUGGACGGUGCUGUUGACUAUGUCAGCCACAUAAUUGUUCAUGCUAAAGAAGUAUUAAAACUUAAACUGGAGCACAUCUCAAUUCCAGAGUUGGAUCUAGAUUAAGCAGAUUGAACGUCCAUUGGCAUCCUUGGUCACCAAUUAGAAUCACAUUUGUUGAAAUGCUUUGAAUCGAUUACUAAAAAUCUUCUUUUGUUGUAUAUCGUUGGAUACGGAUAUCAAUAUUGUACAAUAUCGGCGUAAAAUAAAACGUUUCAUCGUCCCCUUGUAGAGCUGAUUGAAGCAUUGCGCGGUACUCUGACGAGAGCAGCACUGUCUCAGUGUAUUCUUAUCAGCACAACAAAUUGACCAAUCAUAUUGCGACAUUACUGCUAGUUGUUCCUGGUGAAACAUGUUACCUACUAAAGAAUAUUUGAAGUAUACUUACAAGGCAAAAAUAUGUUUACAAAGUGAAAAAAAAAAAGUUUAAACCUAAGUGAACUUUAUGGAUGUAUAAAUUUCAUUUCAAACGAACUUGCCCAAGUCUUACUGCUGUGUGAUUUUCCUUUGAUGGGGGAAUGUUUUAUUAUAUAUUUUUCUCUCUUUACUGUGUUUACGGAAUCUCCCUUACAGUGUGUCAGCAUGAGAUUAUCUCAGUUGUAAAUAUUCGUGUGAAUUAUAAGAAUUUAAUUGACUUCACUUAA